GUGGUCGCACAUUCCAUAAUGUUCCUCUCCAACUCAAGAAAGGCCUCCUAAUCUGGAAAUAUUUGGGUCUUCAUUUCUCAUCAAUCCUUAGAUUUUAAGAAAGUUUUUAUAUGAAAUGGCGCUGGAGGUAUGCUGGUAUGACUUCGUUUGUUUCGGCAUUGUUGGCAUAUCAUUUUUUGGUGCUUUAUGGGUGAUUUGGAGGAAUGAAGGCUCGUUCAGAUUCCAAGACUCAACCAUGUAUGAGAGCCUUGUUGUGGCUCAACCGGACAGUGAGGUUUCCGUGACUGUGAGCGGAUUGUGCAAGGGUCAUGUAAGCACUUGUCAGUUGUGGACCAGUUGUUGGAGAGGAGUUCACCCCAAAUGGCUCUUGGCAACACGGUUCCUUUCCUUUCUAGUUUUGUCUGGCUUCUUGGCCUGGGACGUUUUCACGUGGGGUUCCACCAUUUUCAUAUACUAUACUGAGUGGACUUUUGCAGUAGUUAUUGUCUACUUCGUGCUGGGAACUAUUGUCUCUGCAUAUGGAUGUUGGCUAUCAGCGAACAAACCUCCUUAUGAAAAUGUAGAAAGGACUGAGUCUUCAAGAAGGGAUUUGGAAGAAAGUGGAAAUGCAGCUACCAACACUUACAGGGAAAAAGAAAUCAAUGGUUCCAUCAAGCUGCGAAGCUACCACGCUCAGGAGGAUAUUCAGCAAAAAGCAGGAUUCUGGGGAUAUCUAAUGCAAGUUGCGUUUCAGACUUGUGCAGGCGCUGUUAUAUUAACUGAUGUUGUGUUUUGGUGUGUCAUUGUCCCCUUCUUAUCAAAUGCCCAUCUCCGCCUCAAUGUGCUGAUGGGUUGCAUGCACACUUUGAAUGCUGUUUUUCUUCUUCUGGACACUGCUCUGAAUAGCCUUCCAUUUCCUUGGUUCCGGCUUGCAUAUUUUGUUCUAUGGAGCUGUACCUAUGUGAUUUUCCAAUGGGUUAUUCACGCGUGUGGUUUCUCAUGGUGGCCAUAUCCUUUCCUUGAGCUGGGCACUCCCUGGGCUCCUCUGUGGUAUUUUUGCUUGGCCCUGGUUCACAUACCGUGUUAUGGGAUAUACGCACUGAUAAUAAAAGCCAAAUAUACAAUUCUCCCCAGAUUGUUUCCCCAUGACUUUGUUUAGCUAUUUUAGUUUCAUACCCCUUGAUAGAAAACUUUGUUAGUAUAUUGGAUAGUAGUUUUGAUUUUUGAUGGUUUAAUUUGUUUGCAAAAAGAGAAGGGAAUGCUCAGGUCUAUCCUUCUUUACAGUUUUAUGAUUGAUUUGCAAAUCCAUUAUCAUGUUUGUUUUGGAGUUGAAAUUCGAACCAAUGCCAAAAACCUGCCAGCUCCCUUUUUCUUGUGUUGCUGACUUUCUCAAUUAUGAAUUAUUGGUUAGUAUUUGCACU